CCUCUUCAUCACUCUUUCCAUCGUCCAUCACUUUCCUUCCUUCUAAUUGCCUUCAGAGCCCCUUCCUGAUCUAAAUAUUACCUGAGUUCACUUCUUCGAGUAACCAUGGUUCCCCGUAUCAACCUCUUGGUCGUCAUGCUUGUGUUUUUCCUGGCCGUCUCUGGGUUGGCUCGUGGAACUGUGGGAAGCAUGUACAAUGCGGAAGAUGAACGCUCUCUGUUGAAGCUUCUCGCUGAGCACGAACCCCCCACCCUGGCCAGAUACCAGCUCUUUCCCCGUGGUGACGCGAAUGUCGUGACUGUUACUGAGACUGUUUGCGGACACGAGCCUGGAGCGUCACAGACCUCCAGUGCCUUUGAUAACGUGCCUGGGAUUUCCACUUCGUCUAGUUCCAUUGUCUCGUCUGACACUGUUAUCCCGCCUGGCACCUCUGUCUCAUUCAGCACCUCCGUGCCGGCUAGUGAUGUCGUCCCGUCUAGCACGGCUACCUUGUCCACUACCAUUGCCCCGUCCAGCACUCUGGCUUCCAGUUUGACAAGCACCAUUCCAGUGGCUCCGAUUACGUCCAGCGAUACAGUGACUUCAUCUGCCUUUUCUUCUAUCUCGUCGUCGGCUUCAUCUGGUUUUUCUACUUCUAUCUCUUCGCGAGUUACUCAUUCCGCUUCUGGAUCCACCAGCUCGAAGACGACUGGAGACGCUGCGACGGCGACAGCCCCCGACUCAGCUUCAACUACUGAACCUUCCAAAUCGGAUGCUGCUUUCCAUCCUACGGGAGCACGCACUGUUAUAGUGGCAUUGCUGACACUCUUGAGCAUCCUGUUUUUCUAGACCAUCACGACACUGUUACCGGUUAGAGGGCCUCACUCGUGUUACGGAGCAUCGGGGACUUAUGAGGUUUCAUUAGGAGUUAACGGGUACUUUUCAGCAUGUGUAAUAACUAAUAAUGUGGUGUGAUUUCGAUGGGAAAGCUUCUACAUGUGUUCUACGAUUUGCAGCAGUUAGACCAGACACAUUAUAUGCAAUAAUACGGUUG